AUGAUCCCGGCGUAUUCUUUUUACUUCCUGGUUGAGCAGAACGUUUUCAUAACCAACAUGGAUGGGUUCCCUGCAAAACUGUGUCCGAGUGACGGUGUAAAAAUUCCCGAGAGUGUUUUACUACGGGAUCAGGCGCGACUGGAACAGUUAGAGCGCCGGAAAAAUGUCAAGGAGAGCCAGACAGUUUCGGAGGAGAAGAUCAGUUACUUCAACGCGACUUUUAGCGCCGAGAAGGCUGCUCUUGAGGAGAUGCUGUCAGGCUGCACACAGACUGACCGUCAGAAAGCCACGAAGGUUUUAGAAGACGCCACAAACCAGCUUCAACACCUGCAAAAGUUUCUGAACGACAGCACGGUAUUUCUCACACAGUACGAGCUGAGACAGGCGCAAGAGUCUCUGCAGAAAUUGCAGAGCUCAAUAGCUGAAAAAAGAGCAGAGGUGAUGCCCAAAAAGAAAUUCGCUUUCCGGUCCCGUACUGCAGGGGCGAGUCAACAGCCAGCAGUCCCUCCAUCCAGCAGUGAAGAUAAACCAAAGGCAGAUCCCGGGAUCUCCGUGGUGGACUCAGUGAUCACUGGUGAACAGUGUGGCUUCUCAAAUGCCCAAAACGAAGUUUUAAUCAAAUAUUCAGAUGAGAUCCGGCAAAACGAUGUGCUGUUGUCAAACCUGGUUAACUGCAAGGUGAGACUUUAUGGCUCCCCAAGUACCCUACAUAUUAAAAAUGUCAGGGGUUGCCAGAUCCUCAGUGGGCCUGUAUCCAGUUCAGUUUUUGUCGACCAGUGUAAAGACUCCACUCUGGUACUGGCCUGUCAGCAGCUGCGCACCCACAACACCGCAUCAACUCAGAUAUACCUCCAUGUCACGAGCCGAGCAAUAAUAGAGGACUGUCAAGGUAUCUGUUUUGCUCCUUUUAACUGGAAGUAUCUUCAACUGGAUGAUGAUUUCCGUGUGUCUGGACUGGACCCCAAAAGAAACAAUUGGUCCCAGGUAGAUGAUUUCAACUGGCUUGCUGCUGGAAAGCCUUCACCUAACUGGACUAUAAUUCCAGAGUCUGAGAGGACGUCUUGUUGGAGCGAUGCAGAGCCAGAAGCAUGAUCUGGCUUUUUUAUCUCUCUAAAUUAAAUUGUUUUUGAUUGAUAAUGUAGCUAAAUUCAGAUUGUCAUGUCCAUAUUAACAGAUUGUUCUUCUUAAUGAGAUCUUCUAGAUCUUCUAACAUCCACUUGUGAAAAUAAACAGACAUGGUAAAUGCA